AUGGAUACUCGAGGGAUUAGUUAUCAACCCAAGCGAAGAACUCCAUCAUUCUCAUCUUCUCUUCUCGACUCCAUCUACCGAUCUAUUGACAAUCCAAAUUGCAAAGAUGAUGAGUUUUCUGCUUUAGAAACCGAUGAAUCUGUGCAAUGUAGACAAAGGAGAAAGCAGCGUGACAAUACCUUUCUCCAUGAUGACGAGAGGAUCAGGCGAGCAAUCAUGAUUGAAAAGUGGAUGGAGAACAAGAAUCGCACCAACAUUAACAAAACCUAUAAACUCCGUUCGUGCUAUUCUGCUUCAAGUUCUUCAGAUUCCAGCUCCGGAGGCGUGUUUUCUUCUUCAUCCGAAACAGAAUCCAAAUCGCCGUUACCUUUCACUCCGAUUUUCACACGAUCAUCGGACUUGCACCAGCAGACGCCUAAACGCGAAGGAAGACUGACGAGGACGAAAUCAAGAGCACUGAAACUAUACGGAGAUCUGAAGAAGGCGAAACAGCCAAUCUCUCCUGGACGUCGCAUCACCGAUUUCCUCAAUUCACUCUUCAAUUCAAAGAAAUUGGAGGAUUUAAACUCGGAAAGAAGAACACAACCUGUGAAGAACUCGACAACAACAUGCUCUCUAUCCUCAUCGUUCGGAAGACCUUCCUGCUUAAGCAAACCGCCUUCUCCAUCUUUCAGAGGAAGAAACAGAAAUAUAGAUCGAAGUCCGAAGAGAUCUGUACGAUUCUAUCCUGUAACCGUCAUAGUCGACGAAGAAAAUCGUUCGUGCGGACACAAAUACAUCUACGAAAACGAAACGGAUCCAGGUCUGAUGCGAAAUUCGUUUAUGCGGAAAGGAAGCGGAAACAGAGAGAAAACAGACGAUGCGUAUCGAGGGAGAAGGACUUACAACAUUGAUGAAAAUCGGCAGGAAGUAGAAGAUGAAGAUGAAGAUGAUUCGGAGAGCUGUACAAGCUCUGAUCUAUUUGAGCUAGAGAACAUCGGCGUUGGAAGAACAUGCAGAGAAGAGUUACCGGUGUACGCAUCAACGAAUCUGAAAACAACGAAUAAAGCCAUUGUAGCCUGUGCGAUUUGA